AUGAGUGAAUAUCAAUUCCCCAAAGAAUCAAUGGGUACAACCCUCCUUGCCAUUCAGUGCACAGAUGGUGUUGUCAUGGCCUCAGAUUCUAGAACAAGUUCAGGCAGUUUUAUCCCAAACCGUGCUACAAAUAAAAUCACUGAAAUUCAACCAAAAAUCUUCGCUGCUCGCUGUGGCAACGCUGCUGAUACUCAAUUUUUAGCCCGUGCCGUUAAAAACUAUCUUAAUGCUCUUAAUAUUACCAGAGAAAAUACAGAUGAUAGUACUAUCUUGGUUGCUUCUAAUGUUAUCAGAUCUCUUAUUGUUAGAUACAGGCAAUACCUUUCUGCUGGUGUCAUUGUUGGCGGUUGGGAUUCUGCUGGACCUCAAGUUUACAGUAUCGAGGUUUCUGGUAUGGCAAUUAAAAAGAAGAUCGCUUCAAACGGUAGCGGCUCAACAUACAUUCAAGCAUACAUAGAUCAGAAUUACAGAGAAGAUAUGACAAUGGAAGAAGCUACGAAAUUUGCAAUUGCGGCAGUUACAGGUGCUAUAAUCCGUGAUGGUUCAUCAGGUGGUGUUGUUAAUAUUGUACAGAUUAACGCCGAUGGAGCUAAGAGAAUGACAGUUCGUCCAGCUCAACAACCAUUUAAUUACGAUAUUGUCAAGGGUUAA